CUUCCGACGCAGAGAGGAGAGACAGCCCGCCGACCAUGCAGCACUACGGGGUGAACGGCUACUCGCUCCACGCCAUGAAUUCCCUGAGCGCCAUGUACAACCUUCACCAGCAGGCGGCGCAACAGGCCCAGCACGCGCCUGACUACAGGCCCUCAGUGCACGCGCUCACUCUCGCAGAGAGACUGGCUGACAUUAUCCUUGAGGCCCGGUAUGGCUCCCAGCACCGAAAGCAGCGGCGCAGCCGGACGGCCUUCACCGCCCAGCAGCUGGAGGCCCUGGAGAAAACCUUCCAGAAGACCCACUACCCCGACGUGGUGAUGCGAGAGCGUCUGGCCAUGUGCACCAACCUGCCCGAGGCCCGUGUCCAGGUCUGGUUCAAGAACCGUCGGGCCAAGUUCCGCAAGAAGCAGCGCAGCCUGCAGAAGGAGCAGCUCCAGAAACAGAAGGAGGCGUCCGGAGCCGCAGAGGGCUCCACAGAGGAUUCCAAGACUGACCUCAACGCCGCCAACACCACCGCCGCCGCCGGCACCCUGGUUCCCGAGGCCCGCACUCCUCCCCAUCCCUCCUCCUCUUCAUCCUGUCCCUCAGAGACAGAGAGGCAGGCGGCCGCUCGGCCCGGAGAGAUGAGCGUGGAAGUCAACGUCACCUCCCCCGAGCCGUCGGACGGCGAGUCGGCGGCGGAGGAUAACGGCGACAGGGAGGAGGACGACGUGAGAGGGGAUGCCGGGGUGAGGGUCAGGGAGGAGACGCACCGGGAGAGGGGAGCGCGGCCGGGGAGCAGCUCGCCAUCCUGCAAACAGCUGAGCCCCGCAGCAGACUCCCCCCUGAGCUCCCCCACCAUGCCGUCCUCCAGCGGCGUGCCCGGCAGUUUGCCCCAGAGCAACGCCUACGCGUCGUCUCCGCUCAGCCUCUUGCGGCUGCAGGAGCAGUUUCGCCAGCACAUGGCGGCCACCAGCAACAUGGUGCACUACCCGCCCUUCGAUAUGAGCCCGCCGCCCUCUCUGCCCUACCUGGGCAUGAACGUCAACAUGCCGUCCCCGCUGAGCUCGCUGCCCUGCCCGUCCUACUACCAGAGCCUGUCGCAGGCCCAGCAGGUGUGGAACAGCCCGCUGAUGCAGGCGCCGCCAGGCAGCCUCAACAGCAAGACCACCAGCAUAGAGAACCUCCGCCUGAGGGCCAAGCAGCACGCGGCCUCGCUGGGAUUGGACACGCUCCCCAACUGAAGCUCGGGGGCCGCUCAGAAGAAAAAAAGAGUCGGCCCUCGAGUCAGAGCCGUGCCUAUAUAUGAAUUAUGGGCCUUGUCCAGUGGAGGUGACUCUGGGCCCCCCUUCAUCCCUUUCCACUCCUCAUCACCCUCAUCAACUGCGUGUAUCCGUCCAAACUGCAGACUCGUCACCUGAAAACUCAUUUUGAAAAAGUCAGAUUUGAAUUUAAGCUAUGCUGCAAAUCCAGUUAGCUAACGUAACAAAAAUUCUCAAGUCCUUUGUUCAAAAUCGGUCCAUAUUUUCAGAUGUGUGCUAGUUUUUUCCUGAAACUACAUUUAAAAAGCAGUGUGAUGGAUAAUUGACUACUAUUUUUACUAGCAGGCACUUUAGGCGCCCUUCCUCAGUUUGCCCCCCUCGCCUCAUCGUCACUGCUGGGAGCGCAACAUGAAGAACGGCUACAAACUCGAUGAAGAAAAUCCACACAAAGAAAAGAACUGGACUGCAGUUGUGACUGCGCGAUACUUUUUUUGCGUCAACUCUACGAAUGCUAGCUGCUCACCGUGAUUCCCGCCUCCUCUGUGAAGUCCGAGAAGAAGGUUUUGAAACUCCAGAGCCGACUCCAGGACAGAUAGAAGAUUUUUUAUUUAUUUAAAUGUUCUAUAAUUCAACCCCUGAAUGUGAACUCUGCAUGCGCGCACCCCUCUGAAGCAUGGCGUACAGCCGCAAAGCACCGAAUGAAGUCUCAUCCGACCAGAAGCAAAAGCUCAGAUCACUCGAGAGACUCGUUUCUUUGUCGAUGACACGUGACUCUCCUUGUUUAAAGUUACAGCACUCGGCAGAAUCCAUUGAGCUGUAAAUAUCCGUCAGUGUUCGCCUGCAUCUGCCCGGCUGGAGACUCCAUGUCUUCUUUCGUGUGAAGGAGGCGAGAGGAAAACAUUUGGUGUAUUUUUUUCAAUCGUGGCUUUAAACAAAAGGACCUACAGCGGCAAUGAAAUAAGGGAGAAUCUGCAGAGACAAAUAAAUAUGAGCCCGGACGUUCACUCGGGUGCCGGAUUGACCUCGACCACUGUUUCUGGGCCACUGGUUUCAGCAGAAAGACGCACAGGCCCGUUCUCUAUGUAUUAUA